CUUCGUAGAACCUGGCCGGCCAGGAGACCUGGCACUGAAAAGGACAUCUCAAAACUGGUCACCCUACCACAUGUAUAUUACCUGGGCAAACUCAACAAGUGAGAAUGGUGUAGGCAGAUACAAUGUUUCAUUAAUAAAUGGAACAGGAGCUGUUGGUGAAGUCGAAACAUCUGCGACUCACAAUGGGGUGAAUGUGACUGAUCUGAGGCCAGGGAUAGCAUAUUGUCUAAGUGUUACUGCUGAACUCAGUACUCUCAUAAGUGCUCCAAGCGAGAGCUGUUUCAGCACAGAAGAAAUAC